AUGAACGGUGAUGUAGAGAACACUGGUCUACGUUUGGCUGCGGGGAAAGUGGAACUCACAGCUGCUCUCAGUGAUUGGACUAGGCGCUCUGUCACCCACGUGGACUUCAUGGUCUAUGAAGCACUGGAUGUGAUUAAAUAUCUGCAACCGAAUUGUCUUGACAAAUUCACGAAUUUAGCGCAAUUCAUGAGUCGCAUUGAGGCUCUUCCAAAUAUCAAGGCAUACCUGGAAUCAAAUCGAUUCAUUAAAUGGCCUCUGAAUGGUUGGUCUGCUCAUUUCGGUGGGGGAGAUGCUCCACCGUCUUAG